GUGCAAGUGGGCAAAAAUUAUGGGCAACCACCACACGCUUUUCUUUACACCGGGGAAAUAAAUAUACAACAAAUAUAAAAAAAAGUUUCGUAAAAUUUUAUAUUUUAUUUUUUGAAAAAAAUGGAGGUCGAAAGUGAUCCCGAGCAGGCACUCCCAGUGGUCGAAUUGGUGGAAGAUGAACAACCCAAACCACGUCCAAGUAUUAUCAUCGAUGCUUUGCCGUAUAUAGAUACACAAUUUGAAGAACCUGGAAUGAAGGAGAUGGUUACGCAUUUAAUUGAGGAAGAAAAGCGAAGGUUUAGACCAACUAAAAAUUAUCUAGAACAUUUACCCAAGUUGGAAGUGAAACGAUUUGAGACACCUCUGUUGACAUCUACCUACGCUUCACUAGCUGCUCGGAACCCACCAGAAGUUUUAUCCAUGAAAAGAUACGAAUUACCACCACCGCCUGCAGGGAAAUUGACAGAUUUAGCCGCGUGGAGUGAGUGCGUUGAUAACUCGUCAGCCCAAUUGUUUCAUCAACAAGUUCGUCUUUGGAAUUUGGAACUCAUGCUUGAUUACAGCUGUGAAGGAUGGAAAAAUUAUCUGGAAAUAUUGACAAGAAUGGUUGGUGUGGCUGGAGGAGAACUCGCAGAGAUUAAAAAACGCAUCCAGUCGACGAACUGGUCCAGAAAGUCAACCCAACUCACGACGGGUGAACAACUAGGUCAAUUAGAAUCCAGUUGGGUUAGUUUAGUAUCAAAAAAUUAUGAAAUUGAGCGUGCCUGCCUACAAUUAGAAUCAAUGAUUGAGGAAGGAAAAGUUGAAGUUGCUCGAUCACAAGCUAUGAAUAUGGACGAGUGAUUUUUGUAAAUUUUUUAUAUUUUUAUUGUUUUUAUCCUUUUCUUCGAGCACACUUAUUUACUUGCAAUUAUAAUAUUUUUGUUGCAAAAUUAAUAAAAAAAGAUUAUGCAAUAUACA